GGCAGGAAGUGACAGGCCCGAAGCGAGUCCCGGAGGCCUGGCAGAGCCGCUGCCGGGCCCGCACCCGGAGCGGCAGGAGGGGCGGGGAGCCGCGGCCGCGCCGGGCACCUCCCACCCCGCCCUCGGCGCCCCCGCCCCUCCAGGAAGGGGAGGAGGCGAGGGGGAGCCCGCCGCGGAGGCCGAAGGAGCCCCCCGCCCCAGCCAGGCGACCGGAGACCCCCAGUACGUGAAGUGAACGCCCCCCGAGAGGACUUGGGUGCAGAGCCAGGCGUGAAGGAUUCAUGGGUCUUGAGUCAGUGCACCAGCCUUGGGGACCCUGGACCAUUAUCAUGGAGACUGAGAGUGAGCAGAACUCCAACUCCACAAAUGGGAGUUCCAGCUCAGGGGGCAGCUCUAGGCCCCAGAUAGCACAGAUGUCACUGUAUGAACGUCAAGCAGUGCAGGCUCUGCAGGCACUGCAGCGGCAGCCCAAUGCGGCUCAGUAUUUUCACCAGUUCAUGCUCCAGCAGCAGCUCAGCAAUGCUCAGCUGCAUAGUCUGGCUGCUGUCCAGCAGGCCACCAUUGCUGCCAGUCGGCAGGCAAGCUCCCCAAACACCAGCACUACACAGCAGCAGUCUACCACCACUCAGGCCUCAAUUAAUCUGGCCACUACUUCAGCCGCCCAGCUCAUCAGCCGAUCCCAGAGUGUGAGCUCUCCUAGUGCCACCACCUUGACCCAAUCUGUGCUACUGGGGAACACCACCUCCCCACCCCUGAACCAGUCCCAGGCCCAGAUGUAUCUACGGCCACAGCUGGGAAACCUGUUGCAGGUAAACCGGACCCUGGGGCGUAAUGUGCCUCUGGCGUCCCAACUCAUCCUCAUGCCUAACGGGGCCGUGGCUGCAGUCCAGCAGGAGGUGCCAUCUGCUCAGUCUCCAGGAGUUCAUGCAGAUGCAGAUCAGGUGCAGAACUUGGCAGUGAGAAACCAACAAGCCUCAGCUCAAGGACCCCAAAUGCAAGGCUCAACUCAGAAGGCCAUUCCUCCUGGAGCCUCCCCUACCUCUAGCCUUUCCCAGGCCUCUAGCCAGGCUCUUGCUGUGGCUCAGGCUUCCUCUGGGCCCACAGGCCAAUCCCUCAACCUUAGCCAAGCUGGAGGAGGUAGUGGGACUAGCAUCCCAGGGUCUAUGGGUCCAGGUGGAGGUGGCCAAGCACCUGGGGGCUUGGGUCAUUUGCCUUCCUCAGGAAUGGGUGGUGGUGGGAGCUGCCCCAGGAAAGGCACAGGAGUGGUACAGCCCUUACCUGCAGCCCAAACAGUGACUGUGAGCCAGGGCAGCCAAACAGAGGCAGAAAGUGCAGCAGCCAAGAAGGCAGAAGCAGAGGGGAGUGGUCAGCAAAAUGUGGGCAUGAACCUGACACGCACAGCGACUCCUGCUCCCAGCCAGACCCUUAUUAGCUCAGCCACCUACACACAGAUCCAGCCCCACUCAUUGAUUCAGCAGCAACAGCAGAUUCAUCUACAGCAGAAGCAGGUGGUAAUCCAGCAGCAGAUUGCCAUCCACCACCAGCAGCAGUUCCAGCACCGCCAGUCCCAGCUCCUUCACACAGCCACACACCUCCAGUUGGCUCAGCAGCAGCAACAGCAGCAGCAGCAACAACAACAAACUACAACCCUCACUGCCCCUCAGCCACCACAGGUCCCACCUACUCAGCAGGUCCCACCGUCCCAGUCCCAGCAACAAGCCCAAACGUUAGUUGUCCAACCCAUGCUUCAGUCUUCGCCCUUGUCACUCCCACCUGAUUCAACGCCCAAGCCACCCAUCCCCAUCCAGUCCAAACCACCAGUAGCACCUAUCAAGCCUCCUCAGUUAGGGGCUGCUAAGAUGUCUGCUACUCAGCAACCACCACCUCACAUCCCUGUGCAAGUUGUAGGUACCCGACAGCCAGGAACAGCUCAAGCACAGGCUUUGGGAUUGGCACAGCUGGCAACUACAGUACCUUCCCGGGGGAUGCCAGGUACAGUGCAACCAGCUGGACCAGCCCAUUUGGCUGCCUCACCACCUUCGUCCCAGGCUCCUGGUGCACUACAGGAAUGCCCUCCUACGCUAGCCCCUGGGAUGACCCUUGCCCCUGUGCAGGGGACAGCACAUGUUGUAAAGGGUGGGGCUACAACCUCUUCACCUGUUGUAGCCCAGGUUCCUGCUGCCUUCUACAUGCAGUCUGUGCACCUGCCGGGCAAACCCCAGACACUGGCUGUCAAACGCAAGGCUGAAUGUGAAGAAGAGAGAGAAGAUGUCUCAGCAUUGAAUUCAAUGCUUUCUGCCAAGGCAUCUCCUGUAGCAGAGAGCCCAAAGUCCAUGGAGGAGAAGAGCAAUCUUGGCGACAAAGCUGAACCAGUAGCUGGUGUGAAUGCUAAUACCCCAAGCAAUGAACUAGUUACAUUGACCUCCACCCCAUCAGCACCACCACCUACGCUAGCCAUGGUUUCCAGACAAAUGAGUGACUCAAAACCCCCACAGGCCAUUGUGAAGCCUCAGAUUCUCACUCACAUCAUUGAAGGCUUUGUUAUCCAGGAAGGAGCAGAACCUUUCCCGGUGGGCUGUUCUCAGUUACUGAAAGAGUCUGAGAAGCCACUACAGACUGGUCUCACAGCAGGGCUGAAUGAAAAUCAGUCAGGUCCCUUGGGAGGGGACAGCCCAUCUGCUGAACUAGAUAUGAAGGCAAAUCUCCUGAAGUGCGAGUACUGUGGAAAGUAUGCCCCUGCGGAGCAGUUUCGUGGCUCUAAGAGGUUUUGCUCCAUGACUUGUGCUAAGAGGUAUAAUGUGAGCUGUAGUCACCAAUUCAGAUUGAAGAGGAAAAAAAUGAAGGAGUUUCAAGAAGCCAACUACGCUCGUGUUCGCAGGCGUGGUCCUCGCCGCAGCUCCUCAGACAUCGCCCGAGCCAAGAUACAGGGCAAGCGCCAUCGGGGUCAAGAGGACUCUAGCCGGGGUUCAGAUAAUUCUAGUUACGAUGAAGCACUGUCUCCUACAUCUCCCGGGCCUUUAUCAGUGAGAGCUGGGCAUGGAGAACGUGACCUGGGGAACCCCAAUACAGCACCUCCAACACCAGAACUACAAGGCAUAAACCCCGUGUUCCUCUCCAGUAAUCCUAGUCGAUGGAGUGUAGAGGAGGUGUAUGAGUUUAUUGCUUCUCUACAAGGUUGCCAAGAGAUUGCAGAAGAGUUUCGUUCCCAGGAAAUUGAUGGACAGGCCCUUUUAUUACUUAAAGAAGAACAUCUCAUGAGUGCCAUGAACAUCAAACUGGGUCCUGCUCUCAAGAUUUGCGCCAAGAUAAAUGUUCUCAAGGAGUCCUAAUGUGCUGCUUGCACAAACCAGCCUCAGACAGAUACUCUUUAAUAAUCCAGGUCAUACAACCUGGUAUCAGCAGAGACUUUGUAGGGAAGAAAGAGUUGCCCCAUCCCAGUGUCACAAAUCUGUAGCGGGGAUUACUGAGACAGGGAAGAGGAGUACCAAGAGCCGUUUGCUGGUGCUAUUGUGGCAGUUUGACAUUUUCUUUGGUUCAACUUGAUCUUUAAAAAUCUUUAUAGUUCUCACCAUUCUUACUGACCUGAGUCUAUCUUCAUAAAACCGGUCAUCUUGAGAAUCAGGGCCAAGCAGCCUUAUCCUGGAGUGGUUAUCUAGCCAAGGUCUUAAUUAUCCAAGAGGAAUAUAUAUAUGUUAAGGCAAGGAAAUGUGUGGGAUGUAGGUUUACCUCCUCAAGGGGAGGGAUAGGGUUUUCUAGCUUGUGUGAUACAAGUGGCAAAAUCUGGUACCCUCCUUCUUCACUCUGGAUUGCCCUACUGUAGCUGUGGCCCAGAGUUUACUUUUUGUCACUGUCUACCUUGGUAUUAAACAUUUUCACCUGCAUCUGUGGCAGGAUCAUCAGCCAGUGACUUGGUUGGCAACUUCUGAUUUGCUGCAGGGACUAAAAGUGUAUGACUGGCACCCAUGUGGCGGCUGUUCUUUCUGCAUUCCCCACUCGUAUCCAAUUUGUCUGUGUCCCUGGCCCUUUCCUUUUAGUUCCAACUCUGAUCUGUCUUAUAGCUUUAUAUGACAGGAGUGUGUGAGGCUAAGGGCAGGAAUAUAAUAAGGACCUGACUAAGGCACCCAUUCCUUGUAAAACAGAAAUACUCAAUUAUUUUUUUUUUCUUCCUCAGUAAAGGGAUGAAAAUUGG